AUGGAUUGCACGUAUAAGACCAACAGAUACAGGUUUCCUUUGCUCCAUAUUGUUGGCGUUACAUCCAUCGAGCGGACUUUCUCAGCUGCCUUUGCAUUCAUCGAUAGGGAGAAAGAGGAAAACUAUACGUGGGUGUUGGAGAAUUUGAAGAAUAGGGAGUUAGCCCUAGUGAAUGCCAUUACAAGAGUGUUCCUAACGACCAGCCAUCUUCUAUGUCGGUGGCAUAUUGGGCAAAAUACGCUUUGUACAAUGAAGCAGGAGUUUGUGCUAUAUCCAGCUGCGAUUAAGUACGUUGAGACAAAUUGGUUGGAACUGUAUAGGCAGAAAUUCGUAUCAUGUUGGAUGAACAACGUAAUACACUUUGGCAACCUGACUAGCAACAUGGUUGAGUCUGAACAUUCGAAACUUAAAUCCUACAUUGCGAAUUGCCAAGCCAACUUCUCGGCAGCCUGGGUCAAAAUGCACGACUUGGUUAAAUUACAAAUCACGGAUAUAAAAGCUACAUUUGAGAAAAGUUUGAAUUGUUGGCAGCACCAGUUUAGAAUUUCUACCUUUGACCCUCUAAGGGGAGCUGCUUCACAGAGUGCCAUGGGUUUAAUGUUGCCGGAGAUUAAGAAACUUGAUGACAUGGUCGUGGAGGACAAGGUUGACUGCGUCUGUCCUAUUCGCCGAACCCAUGGUUUACCUUGUGCUCAAGAGAUUGCUCCAUUCAAGGAUCGGGGUGAACCCAUACCGUUGUCGUUGAUUGAUGAUCAUUGGAAGAUUCUUUCUUUGGAGAAACGUAAAGAUGAUGGGGCAAUUUUAAAAAUAAUGAAGGCCAACUGGAAUAUCUUUAUGGGCAAAAUGGCAAAGGCCAAGGCGGGCGUGGAAACCCCCGACAAGGCCACGAUUAAAAAAAGCCCCAAGGCUGUGGAUGAUAAUACCCCCAAGGCCAAGGCCGCUGUGAGAACCCUCAAGACGGCCAAUGAGUUGCCGCAGUGGAAGAAGCCAAAACUUGUUGGAACCCUAUUUGUAGGACCAUACCUUAAUAACUUUCCGGAACCAAUUCGGCCACACAUAAAAUUUAUUACGAAUGUCAAAAGUGAUGGAAAUUGUGGGUACCGAGCGGUUGCUUAUUUUAUGCGCCAAUCCGAGCAUAAUUGGAAGACAUGCCGAAAUGAUUUGCUCUUGGAGGUGAAUAACCAUUAUGACCUUUACGAAAAGGUGACCGGUAUCGGAGGUGCUAACAAGUUACGUUACAGAUUGUCAUUCUUUGAAGACGAAACUACACCUGAAAACAAGUGGAUGAUUUUUCCUGAAAUGGGUUACGUUGUAGCUUCUACUUAUAAUGUGGUGGUUGUCCUCCUCUCCCAACUCUAA